AUGCUGGUUUUAAAGCGCCUACUUGCCAAAGAUGCUGCAGCAGAUCAUGGUGUGAAGACAACUAAGGCCACUUUGCUGGAAGCUGUCUCCAAAAGAUUUGCUGACAUCGAAAAGGAGCCUCUCUACAGUUUGGCCACCAUCAUAGAUCCAAGGUACAAAGACAAAUUCUACCCUGAAGACGCAGUCAAGAUCGAGACACACAGACAGCUUCUUCGUCUGAUCACAAAGGCCUCUCAGAGGGACCCAAACCAAGAAGCUGAAGCCAGCAACACAGGACCACCAGCAGAGAAAGUGCCACGACCAGGAUCCUUUUCUUCCAUGUUUGGUGAAAUCCUGGCAGAAGAAACCCCACGGCGGGCUCACACUGACACUCCAGGAGGACCAGCACCAUCAGAGAUGAUUGUCUAUCUCUCAGAGCCACCCAUCCCUCGGAGUGCAUCACCUUUGGCAUUCUGGAAAACUAAUAAGGAGAGAUUUCCAGACCUUGCUAAAGUAGCUCGAGCCUACCUGUCUGCACCCUGCACAAGUGUAGAGAGUGAGCGAUUAUUCAGUGCUGCAUCCAACAUUGUAGGUGAACACAGGAAUAGACUCAUGACUGAAAAAGCAGAGAUGCUCCUCUUUAUUAAAAAGAAUCUUCCCAUGAUGCUUCUCAACAAGUCAAACAAGUCAUAAAUAUUUAGCGUACACAAAUGCUGUUUAACACGUUUCCCUGUUUAAAGCAAUUGCACUUUAAGUUGUGCCAGUUUUCCGUUUCAAGGUCUUUAGGACCAUAUGUAUGUUGUUCGAGUGACAAAUGGGCUAUUUUAUUUACCUUGUGAAACAGUCAUAUUUAUUUUAUACUUUAUAAGAAAGUGACAAAUGUGCUAUUUUUUUUACCGGUACCUUGAGAAACAGAGUCAUAUUUAUUUUAUACAUUAGAAGUGACAAAUGGGCUAUUUUAUUAACCUUGAGAAACAGAGUCAUGUUUAUUUUAUACAUUAUAAAAAUGGUGAGCACUUUCAUUUUUGGUAUAACAAUAAACAGAGUUUGAUAAUUCAUGGCCUCAGGUAUUUUUGAUUUUGUAAGUUAUAGUUAAUAUGAAUACAUGCUCCAUUUGAAUCUGAAUGUAUCCUUGGUUACUUAAUUUGAUUUAGGCGGUGAUGUGAGAUAUUGAUUUUUUUUCACUAUUUGUAGCCUAAAGAGAGCCUUAAUGUUUUCAAUUUCUUCUAAUUGUUACUGAUAUUACAUAAUUUGAAGUGAAGUAAAACCAUGUUUUUUCUGAAUUAAUAUGUAACACAUGCAUUAGAACUCACCAUAGCUAAAUGAACAAUUUACAGCCAAUCUAUGUAAUUGGUAUCUGUAAUCGGCUGAUGGGCCUCUUGGCUAAUCGGUAUUGUGAUCGGCAGAUUAAAACCUGAUCGGAGCAUCCCUAAUUCAAAUCCCAAGUAACCAGGUUUGUAGGAUUUCCUUUUUCCACCUUCGGAAUAUUGCUAAGAUUAGAAGCAUCCUUUCCAG